AUGGCGCCCACCACCACCACCAUCCCCUCCAAUGCCCAGUAUGACUUCGUCAUCGUGGGCGGCGGCACCGCCGGCUGCGUUAUUGCCUCGCGCCUCACCGAGUACCUGCCCGACAAGAAGGUCCUGUUGAUCGAGGCUGGCCCUAGCGACUUCAUGGACGACCGCGUGCUCCUGCUCAAGGACUGGCUCAAUCUGCUGGGCGGAGAGCUCGACUACGACUAUGGCACCACCGAGCAGCCCAUGGGCAACUCGCACAUCAGACACUCGCGCGCCAAGGUCCUCGGAGGCUGCUCCUCCCACAACACCUUGAUCUCCUUCAGGCCGUUUGAAUAUGACUGCAAGAGGUGGGAGGCCCAGGGCUGCAAGGGCUGGAGCUUCAAGACCUUCAUGCGCGUCUUGGACAACCUGCGCAACACCGUCCAGCCUGUCCACGAGAAGCACAGGAACCAGCUGUGCCUGGACUGGAUCGAGUCAUGCUCCACUUCCCUCGACAUCCCCGUGAUCCACGAUUUCAACCACGAGAUCAAGACAAAGGGCGGCCUCAAGCCCAGCGUCGGCUUCUUCUCCGUCUCCUACAACCCCGAGGACGGCCGACGAAGCAGUGCCUCCGUCGCCUACAUCCACCCCAUCCUCCGCGACGAAGAGAAGCGGGAGAAUCUCACCGUCCUGACCAACGCCUGGGUCAGCAAGAUCAACGUCCAAGGCAGCAAAGUCACGGGCGUCAACCUCACCCUCCAGAACGGCGAGCAGCGCGUGCUCUCCCCCGCCUGCGAGACCAUCCUCUGCGCCGGCGCCGUCGACACCCCGCGCCUCAUGCUGCUCUCCGGGCUCGGCCCCAAGGACCAGCUCUCCUCCCUCAACAUCCCCGUCGUCAAGGACAUCCCCGGCGUGGGUGAGAACCUUCUCGACCACCCGGAAAGCAUCAUCAUCUGGGAGCUCAACAAGCCCGUACCCCAGAACCAGACCACCAUGGACUCGGACGCGGGCAUCUUCCUCCGCCGCGAGGUCCCCAACGCCGCCGGCGGCGACAGCGACUGGGCCGACGUGAUGAUGCACUGCUACCAGAUUCCCUUCUGCCUCAACACCUCCCGACUCGGUUACGACACCCCCAUCGACGCCUUCUGCAUGACGCCCAACAUCCCGCGCCCCCGCUCCCGCGGCCGCAUCUACCUCACCUCGGCGGACCCUAGCGUCAAGCCCGCCCUCGACUUCCGCUACUUCACCGACCCCGAAGGCUACGACGCCGCCACCAUCGUCGCAGGCCUCAAAGCUGCGCGCAAAGUCGCCCAACAAGCUCCCUUCAAAGACUGGCUCAAGCGCGAAGUCGCCCCCGGGCCCGACAUCACCACCGACGAGCAGCUCUCCGAGUACGGCCGUCGCGUCGCCCACACCGUGUACCACCCCGCGGGCACCACCAAGAUGGGGGAUGUUGCCAAGGACGAGCUCGCCGUCGUGGAUCACGAGCUGCGCGUGAGGGGGCUGCAGGGCAUCAGGAUUGCGGAUGCCGGUGUGUUCCCGGAGAUGCCGACCAUCAACCCCAUGUUGACGGUGCUGGGCAUCGGCGAGAGGGCUGCGGAACUGAUUGCCCAGCAAUGGGGUUGGAAGGGUCUGGAGAAGGAGAAAUUGUAG